UGAACGGCUCCUCGGCGGGGCUCCCGGCGGGGAUGAACGGCUCGCUGGGGGUCCCGGCGGGGAUGAACGGCUCGCUGGGGCUCCCGGCGGGGAUGAACGGCUCUCUGGGAAUGCCGGCAGCGCCGAACGGCUCCUCGGCGGCGGCGGCGGGGCUGCUGGCGGGGGCCGGGGGCGCGGCGCUGGAGCUGGAGCGGGCGCUGCGCUGCUGCACCGCCGCCUCCGUGGUGACCGACGGCAGCGGCGCGGCGGCGGACGAGCGCAGCCUGUACAUCAUGCGCGUGGUGCAGAUCGCCGUCAUGUGCGUGCUGGCCCUCACCGUGGUGUUCGGCAUCUUCUUCCUCGGCUGCAACCUCCUCAUCAAGUCCGAGGGCAUGAUCAACUUUCUGGUCAAGGAGCGCCGCCCGUCCAAGGAGGUGGAGGCGGUGGUGGUGGGGCCGUACUGACCGC